CUGCCAACUCUGGCCAUCGAUAACCCCUUGCGUCUUGAGCCAGAGUCUCGAAGCACAACACAAGGUUAUAGCGUACCUCCUACCGUACCAUGGCGACUGUUCCACCAGCGGCCGAUUCGGCAGCUGAGAGAGGGUCACUCACGACAGAUAGCGAGCAAACCCAAAACAUGGCUGCCAAACCAACAAGCAACACCGACAAUCCGCAGCCGACACAGUCGGUAGGGAGCCUGGUGAUCCUCAUGGCCUCGAUCCUACUCGCUAUGUUCAUCGUGGGCUUGGACAGGACCAUCAUUGCGACGGCCAUGCCCCGGAUCACCGAUGAAUUCAACUCCUUCUCCGACCUCGGCUGGUACGGCGGCUCGUACCUCCUAACAUCAUGCGCCCUACAGUUGUUGUACGGAAAGGUCUACACCAUCUUCUCCAUCAAAUGGGUCCUGCUCGCCAAUAUCCUCUUCUUCGAGGCCGCCUCUGCCCUCUGCGGCGCGUCUCCGAAUUCCCCGGCCUUCAUCAUCGGGAGAUCAUUCAUGGGUGUCGGCGCCGCUGGAAUCUCGGCUGGUGUUCUGAUCUGCAUCGCCUACACCGUGCCGUUAGCGAAGCGCUCGCUCGUCCAGGCCCUUUUCGGUGCCCUCAUCGGGAUUGCUGCCAUCGUCGGCCCACUGGUUGGCGGUGCUCUCACGACCAAUGUUUCGUGGAGGUGGUGUUUCUACAUCAACCUGCCCGUUGGCGCUGUCGCGAUGCUCGCCAUCAUCUUCUUCCUCAAAGAACCCCACCGCGAUACCACACAAGGCCCUCUCGGGGAGAAGUUGAAGCAACUUGACUUCUUCGGGACAAUCCUCCUGGUGCCCGGAGUCAUCUGCAUGCUGUUGGCCCUGCAGUGGGGUGGCCAGACAUAUGCUUGGAACAAUGGGCGCAUCAUCGCGCUGCUCGUUCUGGCCGGUGUUUUGUUGAUUGGAUUCGUGGUCGUCCAGAUCCUGUUGCCAGAGACAGCAACAGUCCCGACCCGGAUCCUCAAACAGAGGAGCAUGGCCGCCGCUUUCUGGAUCACGUUCAUGUUGAACUGUGGAAGUUACAUUAUUAUCUACUUCCUGCCGAUUUGGUUCCAGGCUAUCCAGGGUGUAUCAGCCACGAAUUCGGGUCUCCAGAUCCUGCCCGUAAUGAUCUCAACAAUCCUGGGGACCAUGGGGGGUGGCUUUAUUAACAUGGCCAUCGGAUACUACACACCGCUUGCGAUAGGCGGAACUUGCGUCAUGGCCGUAGGGUCUGGGCUGCUUACGACACUUCAGCCGGAUUCCGGGAUUGGGAACUGGCUCGGUUACCAGGUCGUCUACGGACUCGGCUUCGGCUUGUCUUUCCAGGUCCCCAAUCUCGUCGCCCAGACGGUGCUACCUCAGGACGACGUUCCCACCGGAUUGGCUCUCAUGAUGUUCGGGUCUCUCAUCGGUGCCUCCAUCUUCGUCCCCAUCGGCCAAAAUGUCCUUGCCAACUUGCUUGUUGAUAAGCUUUCCUGGAUCCCCGGCUUCGAUCCCGAUCUGGUUACAUCCGGCGGCGCCACGUCACUUCUUGCCUCGCUCCCCGAUGCUCUCCGGGAAACCGCCCGUGACCAAUACAACCAAGCGCUUCAGAGGGUGUUUCUCAUCGGGGUGGUUCCUAACUGCCUAAGCGUUAUCGGUGCCGCCUUUCUCGAAUGGAAGAGCAUCAAGCAGGAGAAGAAAGAAAAGAAGGAAGCACCGGCCGAAGAUCCCGCAUCAACAGAAGAAAAGAGCGCCGAAAAGACGAGUUGAGGGACAACGAAUGGUCCGUCAUGAUGAAUGUAUCCCUGCUGUAAUUUAGACCUGAUCACCGGAGUGAUGGUGAUCGUAUGAUUCCGUUGCCUGUUCGCUCUUUGUUAUGUCAUAGACUCCACCCGAUAGACACUAGAACUCUACUCAUUUUGACAAGCACGACAGUUAGCACAUGCUGUUAGUUUAUGUU